CUAACAUGACAACCGGCGUGAUCACGCCUAAGUUCGACGGCGCAAAAGAACUGUCUUAUUGCUUUUUCAUUUGACGCGAUUUUUUUUCUUUUUUUUUCGAUGAAUUUUAUUACAAAGAGUAUGGAAAAGGACGAUAAGAGUUAGUCUGCUUCGAAACCUAGAUAGGAAUUAGUUCAAGCGCGUCACUUGCUUGGCAGUUGUUAUUGAUGCACGCGCAUGCUUGCGCGCUGGUCAGCUUAAGAGUCCAGAGAUGUGUUAAUAUGCCACUAGACUUCAUUUAUAGAAAUGAUGAAACAAUUAAUUUACUUAGACUCCAAUUUUUGUAGAAAAUGGGAGGAAUAUAUGUUGGACUAACACUCAUGCUGACUUUCAAUAUGGUUGUAGGAACGGGACGAUUCGAGGUUUCAAUUUUAGCAAUCUUCAAUGAAAGUGGACAGAUGUCAGACGGAAAUUGUUGUUCAGAGUCACGUGAUAACGGCUCGUGCUCUUCACUUUGCAACACCUUCUUCUCUGUAUGUCUCCAGCAUCAUUCCCUUGAUAUCCCAGAAUUCCCUAGAUGCACUUACGGACGCGUCGUUACUCCGGUUUUCAACUUCAGCGCGAGUAAUGAUACGAUUGUGACAAAGAACAAAUACUUGGUCAAAAUUCCAUUCCAAUUUUCUUGGCCAGAAACAUUUUCUUUAGUGAUAGAUGCGUGGCGCGACAUUCAUCCCGACUUCUCCACAGAAGAUGUCUCAAAUAGACUUUUACGAGCUGUGGCAACAGACAAAUUAAAGCCUCCCUCUCAGUGGGCAAAAAGGAAGGCAAAGGCGGAUCAGUUAGAAAUCUACUAUAAAUACCGGGUAAUCUGUGACGAAUUUUACUACAGCGACACGUGUGAGCAAAUCUGUAGGCACAGGAACGACAACUUUGGUCACUAUGUUUGCGAUGAAACAGGCUCCAAAGUCUGUCUUCCUGGGUGGCAAGGAGAAUUCUGUCAAGAAGCGGUUUGUACUGAAAAGUGCAACAGCAGCCGUGGCUAUUGUGAAAACCCGUUUGAGUGUAGGUGUUUUCUUGGUUGGACUGGAAAGUCCUGUGAUAAGUGUAUACCUAACCCUGGUUGCGUGAACGGCUUCUGUUACGAACCAUGGCAAUGUAUCUGCCGAAGUGGCUGGGGUGGAAGAUACUGCGAUAUAGAUCAACAUUAUUGCACCAACUAUCGGCCAUGUAAAAAUGGAGGAACCUGCCUCAACAACGCGAGAAAGAAUUUUACAUGCGUGUGUUCGACUGGAUAUACUGGUCGCACUUGUGAAAACGAGGUCUGCUUCGAUAUUCAUUGUCAAAAUGGCGGGAAAUGUCAAGGAACCUCGGAAGGCGACGCCAAAUGUGUUUGCCUUGAGGGAUAUCAUGGUAGAUACUGCCAACAUAAAAAGAGUUUCUGCAAGGAUAUGAUAUGUGCUAAUUCCGGUACGUGUACUAAUGGCAAAUACGGAGCAUAUUGUUCGUGUUUAGCGGGAUUUGAAGGAAAACAUUGCGAAAGUGAAAUUGACGAGUGUCGAUCAAAUCCAUGUGCAAAUGGUGGCACCUGUUUGGACGGAGUCAAUGAUUUCAUCUGUCGCUGUAAAGAAAACUACAUGGGUAAAACGUGUGGGAUAAUUAUGGACCCCUGUUAUGGGAUCAAGUGCUUCAAUGGUGGUCGAUGCCAUACCACAGCCGGCUUCCGUGCGAAUUGCAAAUGUCCUCAAGGUUUCUUUGGAAAACGAUGUGAAUCCAAGAUUGAUAUGUGCAAAAAUAUAAAAUGUCAAAAUGGUGGAAGUUGUUUGAAGAACGGUACAGAGGAUUACAGUUGCAUUUGUUUAUAUGGUUUCCAUGGAGAUCUCUGUGAACUGUCUGUACAAUCAUGUACGCCAUCUUCAUGUCAAAAUGGCGGUAUUUGCAAACAGUACAGAAAUUACACUAGUUGCAUUUGUCCUUCUGAGUUCAUUGGAGAAAAGUGUGAAAGUUCAGUUAUUGACUUUGAAGGGAAAAUUUCAGGACCUUUUCCUCAAAACUUAUGUGCAAAAUGUCAAGUUGAUGUGUGUUGGACUCUCUUCUUUAUAUUAUUGAAUUUUCUGAUUCCUCCGUAAUUUAAAGAACUACAGAUGUUAACAACCGGUGAUAUUUAUCACUAUAAUGUUUAUCAUUGUUUUAAAAUUUGUCAUGGCAGGUUUCAUUCCUUUCAUAUAUAUGUUUUUCAUUGUAAAACUAAGCCAAUUGUCAGUAAUGAAUACUUGUACAAGACUAUUGAUAUGGACUUGUCAGCUGUAAGAUGCACAAGGUGGGGAGGGUUAAGAUGCAUUUAUUGAUUCUUGUUAAUUGUUAAUUAAUUUGGAAUAUAUUUCACAUGAGAUUUUGAAAUCAAAAGUCGAAUGUCUGCAUUAGAUUGACCAACCAAAAAAAUUGGGCAUGGAGAUUUAGUUGAAUGUAAUUGAAAACUGUACAUUUUUUUGGUGUGCACAGAGAGAGAGAGAGAGAGAGAGAGAGAGAGAGAUACAGUUUCCUUGGAUUUUGACUCCUGUAUAUAUUUAUAGCUGGGUCUUAUGGAAUCACAUACAUUAUUGUCUUGAUAUUGUGUUAUUAAUGAUCACAAAAUGAAGUUAUAUAAAAACUUAUUUUCUAC